AUGGAGUCAACUAUUAGGACAGACAUAGAGAAGCUGGUACCAGUUUCAGAACUGAAAGAAAGACUUGACGGUGGUUACGGCUGGGUAAUGGUUUUUGCAACCUUCUUAUUCCUCUUUUCCACUUGGGGCGUCAAUUCAGCAUUUGGUGUCUAUUUCUCUGAAUAUUUAAAAAACAACACUUUUCCAGGAGCAAGUAGAAUUGACUAUGCUUUUAUUGGCGGUAUAUCUUUUGGUGUGGGUCUCUUUUCAGGACCUUUGGUAAACUACGUACAUGGAAUAUUAGGGACACAUUUAACUAUUUUGUUGGGAAAUUGUUUCCAGUUUACUUCAAUAAUGCUUGCAAGUUGGUCCGUUAGUUUAUGGCAACUAUACUGCUCUCAGGGAAUCAUGCAAUCUUUUGGCUUGGCUCUUAUAAGCUUGCCGGCUUUAACAUUAUUGACACAGUGGUUCACAAAGCGUAGAGCCCUAGCUCAGGGAUUAGCGGUCAUGGGAAGCGGUGCAGGGGGUGUAACUUUCACUAUGGCCAUGUACAAAGUAAUGGAAGUAAGAAAUGUUCAUUGGGCCCUAAGAGCACAAGCAAUCAUAAGCGCUUGUUUAGUAUUAAUCGGAGUGGCUCUCGUUCGUACUCGCACAAAAGCUGUUGUAUUUAUACCUAUCGAUAUGCCUACCCUCAAAUGCGUAGGAUUUUGGUUACUAUGUUUCUUCAAUGUAACAUGUGUUUUCGGAUAUGUCAUCAUAUUGUAUACCAUGUCAUCGUAUACCACUUCAUUAGGCUAUACUCAAUACCAAGGUGCUAUCGUAUCUACAAUGGUACAAGUCGGAUUCUGUUUUGGAAGGCCCUUGAUAGGUCAUGUGUCAGAUAUUGUCGGUCCGGCAACGAUUACUGUUUUUUGCUACUAUAUGGCCACAAUAUUUACUCUUGCAAUGUGGAUAACCGCAAGAAAUUAUGAGUCGUUAAUUAUGCUUGCAUUACUUGAGGGGACCUUCAUAGGUGCAGUUUUUUCGACGACUGCUCCCAUUAUUGUUCAUUUAGUGGGUCUCAGAAGAGUCAAUGUUGCGUUCUGUAUGCUGUGGGUAUUUUUUGGGGUUGCUUCAAUAUUUGGUGAGCCAGUUGGUGUGUGUUUGACUGACUUACUCCCGAAUGGAAAUCUAGAUCCUAACCUGUUUAAAAAAACGGCAAUUUUUGCUGGAUGCUCGUUUUUUGUUUGUGCAACUUUCAUGCUAUUCUUGAGGGGAUACCUAAUUGCCAGAGAGAGAAUUAUGGAGAAAUUCUACUCCGAUGAAAAGUCAAUAGAUAGAUUAUAUGUCAAUGUUCCUGCACGAGAUGUCUUCAAUCACCUUUUUGUUUGGUCAAAUAUAAGAGCCUAA